GUCACCCCAGAUCUGUUCCCAGAAACAACCCUGGUGCCAUCUCUGCCGGCCAUACCAUCCGGGCGGUCCGGCUCUGCCCCUCAGAAGCCCCGGAGGCGCAGCAGCAGCAGCGGCGGCGGCAGACACAGCGCUGCCAGGCCCCGGCCUUUGCCCUCAGCGUGUAGGCCCAGUCCCAGCGAAGGCAGCAUGGAGGUGGGCAUGCGCGUGGUGCGCGGCCUGGACUGGAAGUGGGGGAACCAGGAUGACGGCGAGGGGCACGUGGGCACCGUGGUGGAGAUCGGGCGGCAGGGCAGCACCACCACCCCAGACAAAACCGUAGUGGUGCAGUGGGACAGCGGCACACGGACCAACUACCGCACCGGCUACCAGGGGGCCUAUGACCUGCUGCUUUAUGAUAACGCUCAAAUAGGGGUGCGUCACUCCAAUAUCAUCUGUGACAGCUGCAAGAAGCACGGCAUCAUGGGAAUGCGAUGGAAGUGCAAAGUGUGCUUCGAUUAUGAUCUGUGUACCCAGUGUUACAUGAACAACAAGCACGACCUCAGCCACGCGUUUGAACGUUACGAAACCGCACAUUCCCAGCCAGUGAGCUUGACACCAAGGCAGAACCUCCCGCGGAUUAUCCUUAAAGGAAUAUUUCAGGGGGUUAAAGUCGUCCGUGGACCAGACUGGGACUGGGGCAAUCAAGACGGUGGGGAGGGUAAGGUUGGGAAGGUAGUGGAUAUUCGCGGCUGGGACACAGAGUCUGGACGCAGUGUGGCUAGUGUCACCUGGUCAAAUGGCACCACCAAUGUCUACCGAAUGGGCCACAAGGGAAAAGUAGACCUCAAGUAUGUGUCAGACGGUCAAGGAGGCUUCUAUUACAAAGAUCAUCUACCUAAGCUCGGGGAGCAUGCAGAGCUGCAGCGGCAGGAGAGCUCUGAUGGCCACUCCUUCCAGCAGGGCGAUAAGGUCAAAUGUCUGUUGGAGGUGGACAUCCUCCGACAGAUGCAGGAGGGACAUGGAGGAUGGAACCCUAAAAUGGCAGAGUACAUUUGCAGGAUUGGGACUGUUCAUAGAAUCACUGACCGAGGAGAUGUCAGGGUCCAGUAUGGAAACAAUAUCCGCUGGACUUUCCAUCCGGGAGCACUAACGAAGGUUAACACUUUUGGAGUUGGGGAACUUGUGAGAGUGUUGGAUGAGAUAGAGACGGUGAAAAGACUGCAGGCUGGUCAUGGAGAGUGGACAGACAGCAUGUCUCCCGUGCUUGGUCAGGUGGGGAAGGUGUUGAAAGUGUAUGCGGAUGGUGACCUACGGGUGGCAUUUGGGGGCCAGACGUGGACAUUCAAUCCGGCGUGCCUCUCAGCUCAGCCUGCAGAGGUGGAUGCCAACCUCAUGACAGCCGAGAACCCCAACGAAUCUGGAAGUACUGUCAUCUCAGUGCUGGAGAAGCUGCUGUCUCAGUCUACAGAGCAGGACAAUCCCAGCCGGCUGGUCAUCGAGGCAGCACACGGCAGUGCCGGCAAAGUGCGCGAGCUAGUGCAAAAAUAUCCUGACAAGGUGGAUAUCAAGAACCAGGGCAAGACAGCACUACAGGUUGCUGCUCACCAAGGCCACAUGGAGGUGGUGAAAGCCCUGCUGCAGGCCAACAGCUCGGUGGAGGUUAAGGACGAAGAUGGAGACACAGCAUUGCAUUACACUGCCUUUGGCAAUCAGGCUGAGAUUGCACGGCUGCUUUUAAACAAGGGUGCGAAUGUCAACCUCUUGAACAACUCCAUGUGCACGGCACUCCACAUCGCUGUCAACAAGGGCUUCACUGACGUUGUCCGAGUGCUGAGCGAACACUCAGCUGACGUCAAUCUCCAGGACUCGUAUGGGGACACACCACUUCACGAUGCCAUUGCUAAAGAUUUCCGCAAUAUCAUCGAGAUCCUUGUUGUGGUGCCCAACAUUGACUUCACUCAGCAGAACCACAGAGGCUUCAACCUUCUGCAUCACGCAGCCCUCAAAGGAAACAAAUUGGCCGCGGAAAAGAUCCUGGGCCGAGCUCGACAGCUGGUGGACGUCAAAAAGGAGGACGGCUUCUCGGCGCUUCAUCUGGCCGCUCUCAACAACCACCGAGACGUCGCCGAGGUCCUCAUCAAGGAGGUGAGCUCAGAACAGAAGCGGACCAAAGUCCCUCGGAGGAUUUCUGAGCUUCUGCCACGUCGUAUGAAACCUUUCCGCCCGCCUCAUGCCAGAACCCUGUGGCGUAUCCCACAGGGACGCUGUGACACCAACAUCCGCAACAACCGGAACCAGACGCCGCUGCAGCUGGCUGUGACGCAGGGCCACACCGACCUGAUCCAGCUGCUGGUGGACGAAGGCGCCGACGUCAACAUGGAGGACGAGGAUGGCGACACGGCCAUGCACGUGGCGCUCCUCCGCCCACAGCUGGCCAACGUGGCACUGACCCCCACAGUGGGCACCAGCAGCACCGAGCAGAGCCCCGACGGGUGUUCGUCCACGUCGCUCUACUGCAGGCUGAACUCGUCGGGUCUCCUGGGGAGCACGGAACUGAGCGUUGGCACAGCCAUCGCCUGCUUUCUAGCGCAGGAAGGUGCUGACAUCAACUACGCCAACCACAAGGGCAAGAGUCCUCUGGACCUGGUGGCAGACGGCACCAUGCUGCAGCUCAUCAAGAGCUUUUCUGAGAAGCACAGGCUGCAGCGUCUGCAGGCCAUCACAUGCGGGCAGGGCCUGAGCAGCGCCAGCCUGCGGCGGGUCCACACCACACCCAACACCAUGACCAACCUGGUGUUUCCCACGCCACCCGGGCCCAGUGAAUGCCUCAUCUGCUCCGAGCUGGCCCUGCUGGUUCUCUUCUGCCCCUGCCAGCACAGCGUGGCCUGUGAAGAAUGUGCUCAUCGCAUGAAGAAAUGCAUCAAAUGUCAGGUCACAAUCACCAAGAAAAUUAGGCAAGACCAAACGGAGGUGGACUGCAGCCCUGGCACCGAGAACUCGGAGCAGCACAACCUGCUGGAGCAGCUGCAGUCCCGCUACCGCCAGAUGGAGGAGCGCAUCACCUGCCCCAUCUGCAUCGACAACCACAUCAAGCUGGUGUUCCAGUGCGGCCACGCCUCCUGCAUCGACUGCAGCGCCGCGCUCAAGACCUGCCCCAUCUGCCGGCAGACCAUCCGCGAGCGGAUCCAGCUGUUCGUCUGAGCCCCGCCGCUCCCAACCACCCAAAGAUGAGGCGGGAGAUGCAGGCGGGGUGUGGGGCAGCCGUUUAAAAAAACCUUAAACUGCCCCGCGCCGGCCCGCCACGCCCUCCCGCGCCCGCCC